UGUCACAGUCCUACGUGGCCGUUUUCAGUGCCGUCUCACGUAUACGCCGUCGUUUUACCUUACUUCAUCCAAAAUCUCCUAACAACCAACCGUAAGCGUGGGGGAUUUGGGAGGCAUAAAAUAUGCAUGCAGCCGGUGCUCCUCCGGUUACGGUGUCGCCGGUGAAGUGGCCAGUUAAUUCAACUCCACGUGUCGGCCGGAGAUAUUUGACUAUUCGAUUUCGGACUUCAUUAUACGGUGACAGAGAAAACCAUCAUUACAGCAGAAGGUCUCAACAGUACUGGGAUAAGUUCUACAAGCUCCACAAAAACAAGUUUUUCAAGGACCGACACUACUUGGAGAAAGAUUGGAGAAGAUAUUUUGAUGAUGAAAUGGAAUCUUCCAAUGGGAAGGUUGUCUUAGAGGUGGGCUGUGGAGCGGGGAAUACGGUUUUUCCUCUCAUCGCUACAUUUCCAAAGCUCUAUGUUCACGCCUGUGAUUUCUCACCUACAGCAGUAACCCUCGUUAAGUCGCAUGCAAAUUACAAUUCGGAAAAGAUGAAUGUCUUUGUCUGUGAUGCCGCAAAGGAUGAUCUCUGCGUUAAUGUCAUGCCUUCUACUGUUGAUGUUGUAACCUUGAUUUUUACAUUGUCUGCAGUUUCACCAUGUAAGAUGGCUUCCAUUCUGGAGAACUGUAAGCAAGUCCUAAAGCCAAAUGGUUACAUUCUUUUACGAGAUUAUGCAGUUGGUGAUUCUGCUCAGGUGAAACUGCAUGACAGAAACCAGAUGAUUAGUGAGAAUUUUUAUUUUCGGGGGGACGGAACUUGUUCGUUUUACUUUUCCGAGACUUACACAUCAACCUUGUUUCAAAGAGCUGGUUUUGCAAUUCUGGAUGUUAACACAUACUGCAAGGAAAUUACGAAUCAUUCUCGGAAUAUUACCAUGCAGCGGCGUUGGAUACGUGGCAUAUUUGGUGGUUCAUGAUUACAAGUUCUUUUCUCCUCUUUCAUCGUGGAUUCAGAGUCGAUAAUCCAAAAAUUAGAUGAUGGCAUGCCAUUUGAACCCUAAACCCUGAACUCUAUUUUCCUCUAUCUCCGGCUAGAAAAGAAUGUAUGCGUCAAACUUUGAUGUCUCACUGGUUUAGAUACGACGAGAUAUUCAUCAAAGUUCGGGAAUCUCAACUGGAAUACCUCACUGCACCCGUACCGAUUAUGAGCCACAUUCAGCGAAGAGUUUCUAGUCGCGGUGGAAUAGAUUCAAGCGUCCGGGCCAAUAGAUCCACAGCAAAUAGGCGUGCAAAAUCAAUAGGUGCAGGAGUUGCAAUUGUAUUGCAUGUAGUGCAGGGAUGAGGCUGUUGAAGCUGGGAGGAUAUACUUGACAAGUUAGCACCUGAAGUCGAGAUGCAGUGAUGAAUGGUGUAUUUGGUACAAUGGAAGUUAUUUUCCUGGAAAAUGUUUUCUGAUUUUAUUCAAUAAAAUAUUAGUACUUA